AUGUCGGCCUACGUAGAGGUCAUCUUCGACAACACCGACGGCCGUUUCCCCACCGGCAGAGAGGAACUGGUCCUGCGCAGAACUAUCGGUCAGAAGAAGGACGAAUACUCGCUCGAUCGCAAGAAUGCCACCAAGGCCGAUGUCAUGAACCUCCUCGAAUCCGCCGGUUUCUCGCGCUCAAACCCCUACUACAUCGUCCCCCAAGGACGUGUCACAACCCUCACCAACAUGAAGGACGGCGAGCGUUUGAAUCUCCUCAAAGAAGUCGCCGGAACCCAGGUCUACGAGUCACGCAGAACAGAGUCUCUGAAAAUCGUCACCGACACCGACAACAAGCGCGCAAAGAUCGACGACCUCCUGGCCUACAUCCGCGAGCGAUUGGGCGAGCUGGAAGAGGAAAAGGAGGAGCUUAGAGCAUACCAAGAAAAGGAUCGUGAACGACGCUGUCUUGAAUACGCCAUCUACCGAAACGAGCAGGAGGAAGUUGCAGACUGGUUGGCGAGGAUCGACGAGGAACGUCAAAACGACGUGGUAGGAGCAGACGAACACAGCCAGGACUUCCUCCAAGGAGAGGAAGACUUGAAAGAGAUGGACAGCCAAAUCAGCCGACUCAAGCAGCAAAUCGACUUCCUGGUGCUCGACAGACAACAACUAGAAGACGAGCGCAAAGAAGCUUCUCGUGAAAAGGCAAAGGUCGAACUGGAUGUCAAAACUCUCACAGAUGGCCAAUCUGCCGCACAGUCUGCCAGGACCCGCCAUGCCAACGAUUUACAGCAAGUUCGCGCUCAGAUCGAGCAGCGUGAGGCCGAGUUGGCCCAGAUCCUCCCUCAGUACAAUGCACAAAAAGAGCAGGAGGCCACCCUCAAGAACCAGCUCGUCGAAGCAGAAGGCCAGCGCCAGAGAUUAUACGCCAAGCAGGGACGUCAGACUCAGUUCCAGAGCAAGCGCGACAGAGAUACCUGGUUGCGCAAAGAAAUUGCAGAAAUCAAUGUUGCUCUGGCCACAAGGAAAGCGAUUGCUAUGCAAGCAUCCGACGAUGUUGCAGAACUUGAGGAAGAAAUCUCGACUCUCGAAUCCGAGAUUGCAGAGCUGAGAAGCCGCAUUGACAACCGCGGCGACGAGACACAGACCAUGGCAACUGAUGUACAAAAAGCCAAGGACGAGCGAGACCGUCUGAUGGACCAGCGCAAAGAGUUGUGGCGUGAAGAAGCCAAGCUUGAUUCAGUCAUUACUAAUGCACAGCAAGAGCUCGAAAAGGCCGAGCGUUUCCUUUCCCACAUGACAGACCACAACACAAGUCGAGGCAUUGCUGCUGUUCGUCGUAUCGCUCGUCAACACAACAUCCCUGGUGUAUACGGCACGCUUGCUGAGUUGUUUGAGCCUUCAUCAGAACGAUACAAGACUGCUAUCGAGGUUACUGCAGGCAACAGUCUCUUCCACUAUGUGGUCGACACCGACGAUACCGCCACAAGAGUUCUGGAGCUUCUCCAACGAGAGAAGUCAGGACGUGUAACAUUCAUGCCGCUGAACCGCCUCCAACCAAGACCUGUCAACAUCCCGAAUGCUGCUGAUGCGGUACACCUUCUCACCAAGAUCACAUACGACCAAAAGUACGAAAAAGCGUUUGAGCAGGUAUUUGGCAAAACUAUUGUUUGCCCCAACCUUGCAACUGCUUCACAAUAUGCUCGUAGUCACGGUGUCUCUGCCAUCACGCCAGAGGGUGAUCGUGCAGACAAGAAGGGUGCUCUUACUGGUGGUUUCCACGACCCAAGAUCAUCACGUCUUGACGGUGUACGAAACGUUCAGACAUGGCGUGUCGAGUAUGAGAAGCACCGUAACCGUGGUGACGAGAUCCGCCGUGAGCUCGAAGCGCUGGACCAGCAAGUCACAAGAGCUGUCAGCAACCUACAGAAAAUCGACCAGAAGCGCCUACAAGCGGAAAACAGUUACGGUCCACUCCGUCAAGAACUCAGAAACCAGACCAAUGCUUUACAAUCCAAGCACGAAGAGCUUGAGAAGAAGCAGCGCUCUCGUGAUAAUGUUGAGCUGGCGGCAAGACAGCUCGGAGAGCAAGGCAGUGCCUAUGAGACAGAACUGAGCACCGAGUUCAGAAAAGCACUUUCAGCAGACGAGGAACGUCAACUCGAGACAUUGAGCACGACUGUGCAGAAUCUGCGAAAGCAAUUCUCUGACUUGAGUUCUACUCGUUCAGAUGUCGAAGGUCGCAAGGCUAGUCUGGAAGUGGAGCUUCGCGAGAACCUUCGUCUCAGACUUGACCAGCUUCAAGCUCAAGACGCCGAAUUGGGUGCUGGUGGUGUUGCAGGUGGUAAUGCACGCCUCGGUGAGAAGCAGAGGGAGCUUGAACGUGCAGAUGAAGCCUUGUCGAACGUCAUGAACAAGCUCGAAGAGGCAGAGGCAUCACUCGAACAAGCACAAUCUCAACUCUCAGAGGCAAACACAUCACGCGAGGAGAAGCAACGUCAACAAGAAGAGCUCGCUCGCUUCAUCUCCAAGAAGAAGAGAUCAAUGGAGAAGAACACCGCCAAGCGUGCCACUCUCAAGGAAAAGGAAGAAGCCGUAGGCAUCAGCAUCCGCAACCUUGGUGUACUGCCCGAGUCUGCCUUCCAAGAACCAUACACAAGUAUGAAUUGGGACAAGGCAGCCAAGAAGCUGAACAAGGUCAAGAAUGCUCUCAAGGGUUAUGGUCACGUCAACAAGAAGGCCUUCGAACAGUACAACUCCUUCACUCGCCAACGUGAAAGUCUGGAAACCCGCCGGAAAGAGCUUGAAAACUCGCUGUCGAGUAUCCAGGAGCUCAUUGAUGUGUUGGAUCAACGCAAGGACGAAGCCAUCGAGCGUACUUUCCGCCAAGUCAGCAAGGAGUUUGCACGCAUCUUUGAGAAACUGGUUCCUGCUGGUAAGGGCCGCUUGGUGAUUCAACGCCGUACCGACCGUAUUGCGCGCGGCGAGAAUGACGAAGAAGACAGUGAGGAUGGUGAAGGCAGAAAAGACGGCGUGGAAAACUACACUGGUGUGGGCAUCAGUGUGAGUUUCAACAGCAAACACGACGAACAACAACGUAUCCAGCAACUCUCAGGUGGACAGAAGAGUGAGUUUCUCCUUUCCAUCUUCCCCUUUUACCAUAUACUAACACAUUAUCACAGGNNUUUGUGCGCCCUCGCCCUCGUCUUUGCAAUCCAAGCCUCAGACCCAGCACCCUUCUACCUCUUUGACGAGAUCGACGCAAAUCUUGAUGCACAGUACCGUACCGCAGUUGCCCAAAUGCUGUCCGAGAGCUCCGAGAAGGGACAGUUCAUCUGCACGACAUUUAGACCUGAGAUGUUGCUUGUGGCGGAAAAGUGCUAUGGUGUCAGUUAUAUCAACAAGACGAGUAGUAUUGAUGUCGUGUCCAAGGAACAAGCGUUGGACUUUGUCGAGGGACAGAUUAGUGGCAAGUAA